AAUACGGGAGCGGAUCUAACAGUUAGGAUUUUCGUAACGUGCCGAGGUUUCGUGAGUCAUGAGGGAUCUGAACCGAAAAUUUAACCAGGACAACGGUCACCAACUUGAUUUGAUCCCAGAAAGCACCAACGGCGACUUUGUGUCCGCGUAUCACAAUGACGACGAGGAGCUGAUCGAUCCGUUCUGCGUCGAGGAUAAUCCUCAUAAGAUCACAUUCGAGGAUAUCACGUCUGCUGCUUUCAAAAUAAAAUGUGGAAUCGUGAACACUCCUUGCGUGCAAUCGCGGCUGUCGGACGCGACCGGCAUCGAUCUUUACCUGAAGAAGGACUUCCUGCAGAGAACCGGAAGUUUUAAGGAGCGCGGGGCGCGAUAUGCCCUGCUGAUGUUGUCCGAGGAACAGAAGCAGGCCGGCGUGAUUUCGGCCUCGCUGGGCAAUCACGCCCUCGCGCUCUGUUAUCACGGGUACAAGCUGGGUAUACCUGUGACGGUGGUGAUGCCGGUGCUGGCGCCGAUCAUGAAGAUCGCUGCGUGUCGACAAUACGGUGCCAACGUGAUCGUCGACGGCCCUGAUAUGGGGGAGGCAAAGCGUAUCGCGUUGAGACACGGCAAGGAGAAAGGACUGACGUAUAUAAAUGGAUACGAUCACCCGGAUAUAAUGGCGGGCCAAGGGACUCUGGGAUUGGAAAUUGUGGAACAAGUUCCGAACAUAGACGCGGUAGUGGUUCCGAUCGGAGGCGGCGGUCUGAUCGCGGGCGUGGCUCUAGCCGUGAAAACCCUGCAUCCGAACGUGACGAUCAUCGGCGUCGAAUCGGAAAGGUGUCCUAGUUUCUACAUGGCCCGAAAGACGAAUCGACCGACUCGUGCGACGAUAGACUCGACUCUGGCCGAUGGUUUGGCAGUGCCCAUGGUCGGUUACAACGCCUUCGCCACCGCGAAUUCGUUGAUCGACAAAUUGGUCGUGGUCAAGGAGGAGUGGAUAGCCAUAGCCAUUCUGAAACUAGUGGAGAACGAGAAGUGCAUCGUCGAAGGCGCUGGGGCUACCGGCCUGGCCGCUAUUCUGGCGGGCCAGCUCGACGAGCUCAAAGGCAAACGAGUGGUACUGCCUUUAUGCGGAGGCAAUAUCGACACAACGAUUCUAGGAAGAUGUUUGGAGCGAGGAUUAGCGGCGGAGGGUAGGCUUUUAAAGUUCACGGUGACCGUGUCGGACCGACCCGGUGGAAUCGCGGAAUUGUGCAGGAUGCUGGCCAGCAUCGGUGUCUCGAUAAAGGACAUCAUGCACGAACGGGCGUGGAUCAUGUCGGACAUUUUCAGCGUAGACGUGAAGGUGGUCUGCGAGACCAGGGACAGGGAACACGCAACACAAUUGAAGAACAUGUUGCAUCAGAAUUAUCAGAGGGUCGUCUUCGGUACCAGUGAUAACUCCACUUCACAUCACCUGAACGUUUAACACAGCCUCUGUGCCGUGAGCAUUGAUCAGACUGUUUCGAAAUUAUACAGACAGAUCGCAGAUCUUCGCAAUUAUUCGAAAUCUCCGAAUCGCGAAAUGUCUAUUAUUUCUAAAGGAUAACACAAAUUCCUAUUUAGAUUCCGCUUUCUAAAUUGACGUUAAAAGUAUUUAAUUUUGCAUUAAAAUCUGUAGUCUACAUAUACGAGGAGAAGCGAAUUUUCCGCGUGUCAAUAAAGACAUUGCAGGUGUUAAAAAGGCAGGCUCGCGUUUCAAAGCAACGAGAGCCAGCGACGUAAUUCGCACCCCCGGAGGACGGAGCUGAUGGCUCGAAAUUUGAGAGCAGCCUGUACGCAACGCGGUGUAAACGUACACCCGCGCGAAAUUUAUUACCGUUGCCAUACGUUCGACAGAGAAAUUCGAACAUCUUCCCGCCGGUAUGGUCGCGUUUUAUCGUCGGGAGUACAUGUUGCUUCCAUGGAUAUGAUUGGGUUUUUGGGUAAGCGACUGAUCGUAAAACCCUCGUUUACGAGCCUGACGAAGAGCGCUUAUUGCUGUGAAUGUGUUUGCACUCGCAUUAGAAGUAUGUACUGUGAAAUAAAAGGAUUCAUUCCAUGUAUACGAGCUCUCAUGAAAUUAUUUAACGCUUGUUAAAAAUUUUACUUCGUGGUCGAAUAAAGCUGUGUCGCCGACGUAUAA